AUGCAGCCCUUCAACUACAAGCCCGAGGAUGUCUUCUGGGGACAGCUGGCGGGCUGUCUGCAGAGUAUCGACGCCGGCGUGACUACUGUCGUUGACCAUGCACACAUGUCUUAUUCUCCGGAGCAUGUGGACGAGGCAAUUCGGGGCUCGGUGUCCUCCGGCAUUCGCACGUUCUUCUGCUACACCGCGAUCCCACUGAUCAAGAGCUGGUCGUCGACCCUAGAAUACGAGGAGGAAUUUCCUCCGUCCUGGUGGUUGUCAACCCUUGAGCGUCUCUUCAUGGAGGAGCCGUUCGGCAACGGCCGGGUCAAUAUAGGCGUUGCUCUUGACUUCAUUUACCACUCCGAUCUCGUCCUCGAUCUGUGGAAGAAGGCCAAGGAGAUGAAUGUAAAGCUCUUGACUUCGCACUACGUUCCGCGGUUCGACGCGACCAGCACCGUACAGCUCCUCUCUGAGCACAAUCUCCUCGGCCCUAGCAUCAUUCUCUCUCACACCAACGACUUAUCCGACGCAGACGCUCACAACCUCGUAAAAAACAAUAUUUUCGUCUCCGCGACCCCCGAAACAGAGCUCCAGAUGGGCCACGGCCACCCCGUCGCAUUCCACCCCACCAUCAAAUCGCACACCUCGCUCGGUAUCGACUGCCAUUCUAACAACUCGGCCGACAUGCUCACCCAGAUGCGCCUCGCCUUGCAGCACGCGCGCGCGGCCCACAACCAGGCCACCCUGAGGGCUGGCGAACCGCCCCGCGUCGACAUCACCGUUGAGGAGGCCUUCAAUCUAGGUACGAUCCAGGGUGCCAGGGCUGUCAAAAUGGAAGAUCAGAUUGGCAGUCUUGCCGAAGGAAAGAGGGCCGAUGUCGUGGUCUUCGACGCGACGAGCCCCGGCAUGGUCUGUGCCGCUGAGGAGAACCCCGUGGGUGCAAUUGUCCUGCAUGCUGGGGUGCGUGAUAUCGAGAUGGUGAUUGUGGAUGGGCAGGUAAGGAAGGGUGGGGGACGGUUACGGCCGGUAGAGAUCCUGGAGAAAGUGGAUGCAGAGAGGGGGGUCGAGGUUGGUUGGGAUGAAGUUGCUAAACAACUUCUGGACAGUCGGGAAAGAAUCACUCAGAGAGGUCAGGGGCAGGAUGUUGGGGCUGCCAAGCUGUGGUGA